AUGGCCACGGUGAAUUCCAGUGGACUGCACUCUCUUGCUACCCUAAUCAAGCGCCUUGAGGCUGCGGCUUCUCGUUUCGAGGACAUUGCAGUCGUUCUUGAUCCAGCAUCGGGAUCUGCUGCCGGAACUCGUCGUCAAUCGAUUGCCCAACCAGCGACGCCUGCAUCCAAGGUCUCUGUUGCGUCACCGUCAACUCCGACGCCAAUCCCUGCAGCUCCGGUUGCACCUGCCCCAGUGCCUGCGGAGACACCAAAGAGUGCUCUCGCAUUCCAAGAGCAGGUCGUCGAUGCGAAGCUCAAGCCCUUCAUCGAGCUCACGAAAGCCUUCGCCGGACCGAACGUUGUCGAAUCUGUUGCCUUGGUUCAAAAGCAAUUCGAUAUUUUAUACGACUUCUUGAAGCUGUCCGCGUCAUGUCAGAAGCCAGAUCAAAGGACACUAGAGGCGCUCCUGGCACCGUUCCCUCAAUCUAUCGAAGCUGUUUCUCGUGCAAAGGAGGCCAAUAGACGCGAUCGCGACUGGUUUUCGCACCUUUCUUUCCUUGGAGAAGGCGCACCUGUUAUUGGAUGGGUGGUGAACCCAAAGCCGGCACAAGGCGUCAUCGAUAUCAAGGACUCUGUGGUCUACUACGGAAACAGGUUAAAGAAAGAGUACAAGGAUAAGGACGCGAAACAUGUUGAAUGGGUGAAUCAAUACAUUGCAAUCCUAGACGCUAUGCAUUCCUACAUCAAGGAAUAUCACGCGACGGGGCUCGUUUGGAAUCCCAAGGGAGUGACCGUCGAGCAAUACAAGGCCUCGGCGAAUACUUCUGCCGGUGCAGGAGCACCCCCGCCUCCGCCUCCGCCUCCUCCUGCACCCCCCGCCCCUGUACCUGGAAUCUCAGCGGCCGCACCUGCUGCUGGUGCUGCUGCCGUCUUCGCCCAAAUCAACCGCGGUGAAGACGUCACUAAAGGGUUGCGCAAAGUCGACAAGAGCGAAAUGACGCACAAGAACCCCGCCUUGAGGGCGGGCAGCGUCGUUCCCGCAUCCACUACUAGCCCUUCGCCCCCUGGGAAGAAACCCAUUAAGCCGUCAAAACCAUCGGCUCUUGCGGGCAAGAAGCCGCCAAAAUUUAUACUGGAUGGCACUAAGUGGUUGAUUGAGCACCAAGAGCACGAGACUCUGACGGUUGAUAACGUCGAAAUCAAUCACUCUGUCAAUAUUUUUGGAUGCAAAGGCGCUACCGUCGUUAUCACAGGAAAGGUUAAUGCGGUAAAUAUCCUCAACAGCUCAAAGACCGCUGUCUUAGUCCACUCUGUCGUCGCUUCGGUCGGAGUUACUGCCUCUCCUUCCUUCACACUGCAAGUCACCGGCACCUGCCCUAUGAUUCAACUCGACACAACAGACUCUGGCCAGAUCUACUUGUCCAAGGACAGCCUGGGCGCCGAGAUAACCACGGCGAAGUGCAGCGCGAUAAAUAUCAGCUUGCCUGUGGAAGGAGAAGAGGACGGUGUGUUCGAGGAGCAGCCCAUUCCCGAGAUGUUCAAGACGGUUGUGCAAAAUGGCAAGCUCGUCACAACCAUCGUUGAGCACGCCGGAUAA